GCGCGCUCCUGCUCCGCCGCCGCGGUCUGGGGCUGCUGGUCCCGAGUACCAUGUGUGACGGCGCCCUGCUGCCUCCUCUGGUGCUGCCCUUGCUGCUGCUGCUGGUCUGGGGACUGGAUCCGGGCACAGCCCUUGGCGACGCGGCGGCCGACGUGGAGGUGGUGCUCCCGUGGCGGGUGCGCCCGGACGACGUGCACCUGUCGCCGCUGCCCGGCGCUCCGGGGCCCCGACGUCGGCGGCGACCCCGAGCGCCCCCCACCUCCCCUCGCGCGCGGCCCGGAGAGCGCGCCCUGCUGCUGCACCUGCCCGCCUUCGGGCGCGACCUGUACCUGCAGCUGCGCCGCGACCUGCGUUUCUUGUCCCGCGGCUUCCAGGUGGAGGAGGCGGGCGCCACCGGGCGCCGCGGACGCCCCGCCGCAGAGCUCUGCUUCUACUCGGGCCGUGUGCUGGGUCAUCCGGGCUCUCUGGUCUCGCUCAGCGCUUGCGGCGCCGCCGGCGGCCUGGUGGGCCUCAUCCAGCUUGGGCAGGAGCAGGUGUUGAUCCAACCCCUCAACAAUUCCGGAGGCCCAUUCAGUGGACGAGAGCAUCUGGUCAGGCGCAAAUGGUCCCUGAAACCCAGCCCACCUGCCGACACCCAGGUCCCUGGGCAGCUCUGCGAGGUGCUGACAGAGAAGAAGACGCCCAGAAAGGCCAGGCCAUCCCGGGUGUGGCGGGAGCGGAGGAAUGCCAUCCGGCUUACCAGCGAGCACACAGUGGAGACCCUGGUGGUGGCGGACGCCAACAUGGUACAGUACCAUGGGGCGGAGGCUGCACAGAGGUUCAUCCUCACUGUCAUGAACAUGGUCUACAAUAUGUUUCAGCACCAGAGCCUGGGAAUUAAAAUUAAUAUUCAAGUUACCAAGCUUGUCCUGCUACGACAACGUCCUGCCAAGUUGUCCAUUGGGCACCAUGGGGAGCGGUCCUUGGAGAGCUUCUGUCACUGGCAAAAUGAGGAAUAUGGGGGUGCGCGGUACCUUGGCAACAACCAGGUCCCAGGAGGCAAGGACGAUAUACCUCCCGUGGAUGCUGCUGUAUUUGUGACCAGGACAGAUUUCUGCGUCCACAAAGACGAGCCAUGUGACACUGUUGGAAUUGCUUACUUAGGAGGCGUGUGCAGUGCUAAGAGGAAGUGUGUGCUGGCCGAAGACAAUGGGCUCAAUCUGGCCUUCACCAUAGCGCACGAGCUGGGCCACAACCUGGGGAUGAGCCACGACGACGACCACUCGUCUUGUGCCGGCCGGACCCACAUCAUGUCUGGAGAGUGGGUCAAGGGCCGGAGUCCCAGUGACCUCUCUUGGUCCUCCUGCAGUCGAGAUGACCUUGAAAACUUCCUCAAGUCCAAAGUCAGCACUUGCUUGCUGGUCACGGACCCAAGGAGCCAGCACGCGGUGCGCCUGUCCCACAAGCUGCCUGGCAUGCACUACAGCGCCAAUGAGCAGUGCCAGAUCCUGUUCGGUACCAACGCCACCUUCUGCAAAAACAUGGAGCAUCUGAUGUGUGCUGGACUGUGGUGCCUGGUAGAAGGAGAUACGUCCUGCAAGACCAAGCUGGACCCUCCCCUGGAUGGCACCGAGUGUGGGGCAGACAAGUGGUGUCGAGGAGGGGAGUGUGUGGGCAAGACUCCCAUCCCGGAACACGUGGACGGAGACUGGAGCCCGUGGGGCAGCUGGAGCAUGUGCAGCCGGACGUGUGGCACGGGAGCGCGCUUCCGGCAGAGGAAAUGCGACAACCCCCCGCCUGGGCCCGGCGGCACACACUGCUUGGGCGCCAGUGUGGAGCACGCAGUCUGCGAGAACCUUCCCUGCCCCAAGGGUCUGCCCAGCUUCCGGGACCAGCAGUGCCAGGCUCACGACAGACUGACCAGCAAGAAGGGCCUGUUGACAGCAGUGGUGAUUGAUGAUAAGCCUUGUGAACUCUACUGCUCACCCCUCGGGAAGGAGGCACCGCUGCUGGUGGCCGACAGGGUUCUAGACGGCACGCCCUGCGGACCCUACGAGACAGACCUCUGUGUGCAUGGCAGGUGCCAGAAAAUUGGCUGUGAUGGCACCAUCGGCUCUGCAGCCAAGGAAGACCGGUGUGGGGUCUGCAAUGGGGAUGGCAAGACCUGCCGCGUGGUGAAGGGUGACUUCAGCCACUCCCGGGGGACUGUCAAGAACAGUCUUUGUACGAAGGUGUCCACAUGCGUGCUGGCCAGGGCGGUUCCCAAGUGCUUCUCAUGUUACAUCGAAGCUGCUGUUAUUCCUGCUGGAGCUCGGAGGAUUCGCGUGGUAGAAGAUAAACCUGCUCACAGUUUUCUGGCCCUCAAAGACUCCAGUAAGAGAUCCAUCAACAGUGACUGGAAGAUAGAGCUCCCGGGAGAGUUUCAGAUCGCAGGCACGACCGUCCGCUACGUGAGAAGGGGUCUGUGGGAGAAGAUUUCUGCCAAAGGACCAACCAAAACACCCCUGCAUCUGAUGGUGCUGCUGUUUCAUGACCAGAAUUAUGGGAUUCAUUAUGAAUACACCAUUCCUGUGAACUCUAGUGCUGAAAAUGAGAGCGAACCUGCCAAGCCGCAAGACGCCUUGUUCCUCUGGACCCACAGCGGUUGGGAAGGGUGCAGCGUGCAGUGCGGAGGAGGGGAACGCAGAACCAUCGUGUCGUGCACACGGAUUGUUAACAAAACCACAACUCUAGUGAAUGACAGUGACUGUACUCAAACAAGCCGCCCUGAGCCCCAGGUCCGAAGGUGCAACUCACACCCAUGCCAGUCACGAUGGGUGGCAGGCCCAUGGAGCCCCUGCUCAGCAACCUGCGAGAAGGGCAUCCAGCACCGGGAGGUGACCUGCGUGUACCAGCUGCAGAAUGGCACCCAUGUUGCUACACGCCCCCUGUAUUGCCCAGGUCCCCGACCAACACCAGUGCAGAGCUGUGAGGGCCAAGACUGCCUGUCCAUCUGGGAGGCAUCUGAGUGGUCACAGUGCUCUGCCAGCUGUGGCAAGGGGACACAGAAGCGAACAGUGACGUGCACCAACUCCCAGGGGAAAUGCGACGCAGCCACGAGGCCGAGAGAGGAGGAGCCCUGCGAAGACUAUUCGGGCUGCUACGAGUGGAAGACAGGGGAUUGGUCUAAGUGCUCAUCCACCUGCGGGAAGGGGCUGCAGUCCCGUGUGGUGCAGUGCAUGCACAAGGUCACCGGGCGUCACGGCAGUGAGUGUCCCACACUUUCGAAGCCAGCAGCCUACAGGCAGUGUCACCAGGAGGUCUGCAAUGACAAGAUCAAUGUCAACACUAUCACUUCUCCUCGCCUGGCUGCGCUGACCUACAAAUGCACACGGGACCAGUGGACAGUGUAUUGCCGGGUCAUCCGAGAAAAGAACCUGUGCCAGGACAUGAGGUGGUACCAGCGCUGCUGCCAGACCUGUAGGGACUUCUAUGCAACCAAGAUGCGCCAGCCACCUUCGCCGCCCAGCUCAUGACGCAUGGCCCAGUAGUUGCUUCACAGGCAGACUGCAGUCUGAAGCCUGGCUUUUAGUAAGUGGAGAGCACACCAGCCACCAAAGCACACCAGCCCUGCAGCCAGGCUCCCCAAAAUAUACCCCCUAAGGAAGCCCAAGAAUCCAACUGCUUAGAACUUGAGAGUGGACUUUAACAGCGCCUUUAGUACUUAAUAUAUUAACAGCCACUGGAUGGCUUGCUGCAGCCAGGAAAAAAUAGGCAGGAGUCACAAAAUAAUUGUAGUUUCUAA